UGACAUAGUAUUUAUGUUGGCGCUGCGCAACUAAUGGCGACUCACCAACUCAUCAUGCCCGUCGCUGUCGAAAACGUCCCCACUCCACCCAUCCUGCCCAAGUGGCAACGACCAGCCAAGACCACUGCAGACCUUCCAUGGGCGAAUCUUAAGGUACUCGACAUCUCCAGGUUUGACCAACCGGGAGGCAAAGAGGCACUCGCAGAGGAGCUGCGUGAAGCAGUCCACACCACGGGCUUCUUUGCCCUCACCAACACAGGCUUCGCGCCAGACGAAGUGCAGCGGCAGUAUGACAUUGGGCAGAGCUUCUUCAACCUUCCUCCUGAGGAGAAGGGGCUAGAGAAGUAUCGCGUUGAUUUUGGCCGGGGCAACUACUUCGGGUACAAGCCGCCAUUUGAGAAGACCGUGUACGACACCGAGGUGCUGGACAAUGUGGAGUCGCUCAACGUGCCGAAGUUCAUCCCCGCCAACGAGGGAGAGCCAUUCCACCCGCACCUGAACGUUGCCAAGGCCGAGAUUGAGGCGUUCUCAAGGAAAGCCCUUGCACUCGGCUCCAAGGUAUUCCGCCUGUUUGCCCUCAUUCUUGAGUUGCCCGAGGACUACUUCUCCUCGCGGCACGAGUACGAGGACGCAUCCGAGGAUCACCUGCGGUAUAUGACCUACCACCCUCGCUCGAAGGAGGACGACGCCAAGGUCGACGGCUGCUGGUCUCGCGCACACACCGACUUCGGCUCGCUCACUCUGCUGUGGUCUCAAGACAUUGCGGGCUUGCAGAUUAAGACAGACAGCGGCGAGUGGAAGUACGUUCCCCCCGUAGACAACGGCAUCAUCUGCAACGUCGGCGACACGCUUCAGUUCUGGUCGGCAGGUUACCUGAAGAGCACUGUCCACCGUGUUAUUCGCCCGCCAGAGGACCAGGCCCACCUCUACCGCCAGGGUCUUUUCUACUUUGUGCGCCCAGGUAAUCAAGUGGAUAUCGCCCCCGCGCAGAGUCCGCUUCUGGAGCGCCUUGGAUUGGUAAAGAAGGAGGAAGGGGAGAAGAAGGUGGUCACGGGGCUCGAGUAUGUGCGCGCACGGGUCAAGAAUUACCACGACGCACCGUCAUACAACAAGAGGCAAGGGAAGACGUUCAAGGUUGGAGAUUUGGAGAUUGAGGAUGAAGCAUCGUAGGUGCUGUAUAUAUUAUGCAUGAGGUC